UCGUCCGGCGCGGCCGCCCGGCCCCGGCCCGGUGCUGCUGGCGCGGCGCCCUGCGGGGAGAGGGACCGCUCACAGAUGAGGUUGCGGCGCUAGGUGUCACCACCAUGGCAGCUCCCUGGAAGAGCGCGCUCCUGAUACUGCUAGCGUCUCAAGCUGUGUCCUUGGUGAAUGCCUCUGACGAGGAGGAAGUUCCAGAAGAAUGGAUCCUUCUGCAUGUUGUGCAGGGUCAGAUAGGAGCCGGGAAUUACAGCUAUCUGCGGUUAAAUCAUGAGGGAAAGAUAGUUCUUAAGAUGCAGAGCUUAAAGGGCGAUGCAGACCUGUACGUGUCUGACAGCACCCUCCACCCGAGUUUUGAUGACUAUGAACUGCAGUCUGUUACCUGUGGCCACGACGUCGUUUUUAUUCCAGCGCAUUUCCAGCGCCCUGUGGGGAUAGGGAUUUACGGACACCCAUCUCACCACGAGAGCGAAUUUGAAAUGAAAGUCUACUAUGACCGAACCAUCGAACAGUACCCAUUCGGUGAGACGGCGUAUUCGGAUGGCACCGAUACGAGUCAUAAGCACGCUUAUGCUCCAGAAGAUGCAUCUCAAGAAGAGGAAUCCGUUCUCUGGACAAUAUUAAUUAGUAUUUUGAAGCUGGUACUUGAAAUUCUUUUUUGAUUUCACUGAACAUACUGUGGAGUUUAAUACCCUUAAUCUGUGAAGUUGACUGCAGUUUGCUGUGAACCUAGCUACUCUCACCUGGUUGGAGUUCUGGUUACCUUUUCUAGUUGGGGGAUGGAAAAAUAAAGCCAUACUGUUUUGUUACCUCAGUUACCCCAAAAGUAGGAAAAGCAGCAAACAUGAUAUUUAUUUCCUUUUAAAGAUCAAAAUUCCUAUAAAAGAAAUAUGAACAAUAAAAUGUUUAAACUCCAUUUUGAUUAGUUUGUCAGGAGACUAAAAAGAAUGAUUAUUGCAGUAAUUUAGGUUUAUAUAAAAGAAAUCAAAAUAGAGCAACUUUUCAUGCAGUUACACAGAUCACAUUAAAAGGCUGAUAGCUUUAUAAUUUUACUCUAGUUACAGAUUCUAAAUGAAGUUACAAUGUGUAGGCUUUGAAGAGUUACUAAAAGCAAGUCUGAGAUGUAAUUUCUUCAUGCUUGCCUGAGCAUGGACACAAGCUCCAUGCCUCCACCCCAAGUAGGGAUGGUACCUCCUAUGUAAACAGGAUUUCCUGGCAGGCUGGUGGUGUUUCUGUGCAGUUGUAAAAUCAGCUGCACCAAAUCUCAUCAGGUCAUUUGUAAUGUUAACAUCUUGGGCUACCUAUUUAUUAAAAUUGUUCCGUUACUAAAUAACUUUCUUAUGCUACUUAUGGUAGGCCAGAAACAAUGUAGAUUAGGAAAAUUUCAUAAAAGUAAAAGUAACUUUCAGGCUAAUAAAAGAAAAGUAUUUCAAAUUAAGCUGCCUAAUAUUUCCACUGAAUUUCCAGAGAGAGUCAAAGUACUAAGAUAUAAAAAC